AUGUGUGGCAGCUACUACGGAAACUACUAUGGUGGCCGUGGCUAUGGAUGCUGUGGCUAUGGUGGCCUAGGCUAUGGCUAUGGUGGCCUGCGCUAUGGCUAUGGAGGCCUGGGUUAUGGCUAUGGAGGCCUGGGCUGUGGCUAUGGUUGUGGCUAUGGAUAUGGCUCCCGUUCUCUCUGUGGCUGUGGGUAUGGAUGUGGCUCCAGAUAUGGCUCUGGUUUUGGAUACUACUAUUGA